UGAUACAGGCCCCAAAUAACACUAAAGCUUUACACAAAUCUCUCUAUGUCUCCCCAUAUCAUAAGAGAAAACACAUUCUCUUUAACUGAAUUUUAAAAGGCCAAACAAAAUGAAGGGUUUCAGCUCAAUUAGUUAAGCAUGGUGUGUGGGUUAAUGUAAACAUCUGGCCAAACAGAAAACAUGGGCAAGCCUCCGUUGAGGAAGUACUUUGAUAAAAUCCGGUUUGUGUUUUUCACCUCCUUUAUCUUAUGUUUGUCAUUGCUUCUCUUGGACUAUUACAUGGCUGUGAGUGGUCAUGGCAUUACCUUUUUAUUUUUCAACAUGAAUGAUGCAAAACAAGCACACAUGCCUAAACCCUCAAAUUCUUCUUUCAAUCUUAAUGACACUGCCGAUUGUCCUAGAAAAUCUAAUCAUACCAAUCAAAAUGGUGUAACAAGUGGUGCCUCCAAUAUACCAAGGCGCAUUGUAGAGAAUCACACAGAGACCAUAGUUCCUGCAGCACAUGGUGAAGUGGAUAAGAGAGUCCACAUGAAUUCCCCUCCUUUGGAUAGAGACAAUGUUGGAGUUGUUACAAAUGUUCCCACAAGAAAUUUGGAUUCUUGUUCUGGUCAAUAUAUCUAUGUUUAUGAUCUUGCUAGCAGGUUCAAUGAAGAUUUGCUGAAAGGGUGUCACUCUCUCAGGAAGUCGAUAGAUAUGUGUCUUUACAUGUCUAACUUAGGCCUUGGACCUAAGGUUAUUGAGAAAUCAAAGGAGAAGGUUUUGUUGAAGGAAAGCUGGUAUGCAACCAACCAAUUUUCACUUGAAGUUAUUUUCCAUAACACACUGAAGAACUACAAGUGCUUAACCAAUGAUUCCUCACAGGCUUCUGCUAUAUAUGUACCCUACUAUGCUGGCCUUGAUGUGGGUCAGUACCUCUGGGGAGGCUUCAAUGUUUCAAUCAGAGAUGCUUCACCAAAAGAACUAGUGAAAUGGCUGGCACGACAACCCGAGUGGAAAAGAAUGUGGGGUAGGGAUCAUUUCAUGGUUGUAGGGAGAAUUGGUUGGGACUUCAGGAGAAGAACAGAAAAUAAUAAUGACUGGGGCACCAAGCUAAUGCUUUUGCCAGAAGCAAGAAACAUGUCAAUUUUGCUAAUUGAAUCUGGUUCAAAGGACAAUGAGUUUCCAAUCCCAUAUCCAACUUACUUUCACCCCUCCAAGGAUAAAGAGUUUUUUCAGUGGCAGAAAAAAAUGAUAAAAGUUUCAAGGCCUUACUUGUUUUCAUUUGCAGGUGCUUCAAGGCAUUCAUCAUCCUCCAUCAGAAAUGAAAUAAUCAAACAAUGUCAAUCCUCUAGGAGCUGCAAACUUCUAAGUUGCAAUGAUGGUCAUAAUUAUUGCAAUGAUCCUGUGCAUGUUACAAAGGUGUUUCAGAGCUCAGUUUUCUGUUUACAGCCUCCAGGGGAUUCAUUCACUAGGAGAUCAACUUUUGACUCAAUUUUGGCAGGUUGCAUUCCCGUUUUCUUUCAUCCAGAAUCAGCAUAUAACCAAUAUUUGUGGCAUUUGCCCAGAAAUGGUUCUAGCUACUCUGUGUACAUACCAGAAAGAGAUGUCAGAGAGAAGAGAGUAAUGAUCAAUGAGAAGUUGUCUAAGGUUCCAAAAAGUGAAGUGUUGGAAAUGAGAAAGGAGAUAAUAAGUCUUAUUCCAAGAAUAAUAUAUCGUUAUCCAAGUUCUAGAUCAGUGACCGUUGAAGAUGCAUUUGGUAUAGCAGUUAAGGGAAUUCUUGGGAGAAUAGAAGCAGUAAGAAGGAACAUUACAAAUGUCAAUUAUACCAUUUCCUAAUGUGCAGGAGACAAGGAUUCUAUGUUUCUCUUUGCCUCAGGUUCAAUUAUCCAGUCAGGUGAAAUUACAAAUUAAAUAAAAAAAUUCAGAAAAUAUAUCCCUUUUCGAGAUGGAUUUUAAAGGCACUCUUUUAAGAACUUGGAAUGGUCUUGCAGGCAGAAGAUGUUGUCACUUAGCUGCAUGUUCAGUUCAGUUUGAUUUUCACCCGGAUAAGACUUUGUUGUUAUUUUUUCAGAAUAGACAUAUCCUAUGUAUUUCCCCCAAUAAAUAUUGCGUUGUUAUUCAUUUUUAAGGCAAAGGUUCGAUCUCAAUUCUAAUGUGGUGAUGUCCUAGGUACAUACAUGUAUUUUUUUAUUCGUCUAAC